CCGAUGGUGACGGGCACUUCGGUGCUGGGAGUGAAGUUCGACGGGGGGGUGAUCAUCGCUGCAGACAUGAUGGGCUCCUACGGCUCCCUCGCCCGCUUCCGCAGCAUCUCCAGGCUCCCGAAGGUGAACGACACCACCAUGCUGGGGGCAUCCGGCGACUACGCCGACUUCCAGUACCUCAAGCAGAUCAUCGACCAGAUGGUAAUCGAUGAGGAGCUGUUGGGAGAUGGUCACAGUUACAGCCCGAAAGCCAUUCAUUCCUGGCUGACGAGAGUCAUGUACAACCGGAGGUCCAAGAUAAAUCCACUCUGGAACACCGUUGUCAUCGGAGGCUACUACAAUGGCGAGAGCUUCCUAGGUUACGUGGACAUGCUCGGCGUGGCCUACGAAGCCCCUACACUUGCUACGGGUUAUGGAGCGUACCUAGCUCAGCCAUUGAUGAGAGAAGUCUUGGAGAAGAAGUCCAGCCUGACGAAGGAGGAGGCCCGUGACUUGAUUGAGCGUUGCAUGAAAAUUUUGUAUUACAGAGAUGCUCGAUCGUUUAACAGGUAUGAAGUAGCUAUUGCAACGGAGAAAGGCGUGGAGGUGGAAGGACCCCUGACGCUGGAAGCCAACUGGGACAUAGCACACCUUGUCAGGUAA